AUGAAAUACGGCGUCCAACUUCCCUCCCGCUCUGUACCGGAAUGGCGUGCACAUAAUAUUCUUUACAACGAUAUUCGAGAUACAAUUACCCAGGAGACUUCAGGCAAUCUUAUUACCGCUGAUGGAUAUAACACAAUAUUUUCUUUGCUCAAUGAUGAAUACCAAAAUGUUAACCUGUUUGUCAAAUCAAAACUUGGCGAAAUUGAGCAGCGAUUGCGCACGUGCCAACGUCUUGUAGCCGCAAUUUCAAGUUUGGAUUCGGGCUCUCGCAACAAACUGGAAGAUCUUCAAAGCACUUCAGAAAUGACUAGGGACACGAAUAUAUACCAGCUUCAAUGCGAGGUGGCUAAGGUUUCACGCGAUGUCCAACAUUUAAGCCGGUUCGCAGGCGCACAAUUCACUGGCUUCAGAAAACUCAUCAAAAAAUUCCGCAAGUUAGCGCCAAAGGACGGGCCACAGCUUCAUGAAUUCGAGAGAUUGUUAAACGGCUCAGAGUCAUUUGCCAGUAUUGAUUUCACCUCUAUCUUUCUAGAGUUAUCCUUAUUGUAUGAUAUGAUUCGCUCAGGAAGGUUUAGCCCUUUCAAGUCAUUGCCGCCAUGGACGUUGAAUGGCCCUAGCAGUAAACCUCUUGAAACGCGGCUGUGUCAGUUUGAUGUUAGAAUGGUUUCUACGCCUGCAAAAACAAUUUAUUAUUGGAUUCACAGUGAAGAUAUUGUUCAAGUUCAAGUGUCUUUGCUCCAAAAUUUAAGCCUUCUAGCCGGAAGCGACCACUCACAAGUCACGCGCACGACUUUUUAUGAUGACGAGGAGUUUGAUUGUGCUGUCAGAAAGCGAGAGCCAGCACAGACAUGUCAAGUCGAACUGUUAGAGAAUGGAGAUGUCAGUGCGAAAUCCAGAACUGUUUUCUGUGCACCCACGGGAGGAAUAAGGCAUUUUUGCGCUGCUACUCUCAGCUCGAAAGUUGAGCACAAGCUUUACACAGGUGCACUCACUUCGAAGGACCUGGAUAGUUUGGAUAAUAAUGCCAAGUUCGCACUUGGUUGGGCACUUUCUAGGCAGAUCAAACCUCGAGCUACUGUGGUUUCGAGUCGCUUGCGAUAUGAGACGAACUUCGCCACGACCGAUGCAGAGAUUCAACACGUAUGGGCAGUCAUAGAUAGUGACCUCGUCGUUCAAAACUGCAGGAACUCCUUGUCCAAGUUUCCAUACCAUGUUCUGCAAAUUCGAUUCACAGGGCAAGAUGCACCUAAAUGGCUCGAAGAUAUGGGAAAAUCACACUUGAUGCACCCAGUGUCGGAAUCCUUUUCAUCUUAUCAUUAUGCAUUGUAUCUUGCUCAAAACAAGAAGGUGUUCUGGUCUUCGCCCAGUUGGGCCAAAAUACUCGAGAAAGGAGAAGAUAUAAGAAAGGCACCAAAGCCGGCGCGACAACAGAGAUCUAAGCGAAGCACACAAACUCUACGGAGACAAAGUGGUAGUAGCAGCGGUGGGGCAGGUGGUGGAAAUAUUUUAUUAAAUGAUACAACUGCCAACGACAGCACCAGGUACUGGAAUGAGUUUGACAACCCGGAGGAUGAAGAUGAUGAAAAUGCGUUCAGCGUUUUUGUGAACGAUGAGGAUGAAGAGUUAGUGCGGAUGAUGCGGGCAGAGGCACUAUCACAACCUUUAAUGAAAUUCUCACAAACUGUUCGCAGAAGUGUUCGUCAUGUAAAGCAGUUGCUUGGGCUAGAAUUCAGCACCGCCGAUGAGUAUCCAUCGAAUUCUCCUUGUUCAAGUGAGACACAGAGCUUGUUAGGCACUGAUCGUUUGAGUGGCACACAGUACUCUCCUCGACUAAUACCGACAGAUAUUGGACCAGACCUCGAGACUGAUAACGCCCUUGUUAGAACGCGUUUACAACAUCGUGAAAACAUGAUGAUGGCAAUGCUGACGACUGUCUGCUUGACGCUGGCAGCUAUUAUUGACGUUAUGGUUUACGCAAUCCUCUUGAGUGAGGAUGUAGAGGACUUGGUUGUGGGGGCCCAAGUGGUGCUUGUUGUUGGCCUUUUGCUCAGCGCUAUUCUCGCCACACUAGGCGCUAUGGCUUUCGGACUACACAACCCAAGUAACUGGCCGUCACAGGUAUGUGUACAUGGCUUCUGGUUCGCAGUCAUGUGCUUCGGAGUGGGUGGAAUCUCUUGGAUUGUUACCACUUAA